CCAGGGAGAAUUAAACUAAAUCUGAUUAAAGUCACUUAAAUCCUGAACAUGAGUGCUCAGAUUCAUGAAGGAGACACCAAAGGAUGUGAAGAUCCUUUGCAUCAGACACUUUGCUCAUGGGCAUGCCUUUACCCUACUGCAGUUAAUGUAGCUCUCCCAAUGCCAAAUAAGCUUGCAUUAUACCAAGGGCCAAACUAGCUUGAAUUAAGGAUAAUUACCAUGGAUCCACUGUCAGGCAGCCAUUUGCAAGCUCAAAGUAACUCAUCCCUAAUCCCAGAGACCAUGCCCGUGCUUUCACAUGUGCUUUCCUUAGGAGGUGCCCUGGGGUUUGGCUGAUAUCUACUCCCCCUCUUCUGUUUUGCCACAGGUUGGCCCAGGAGGUGGAAGAGGCUGAGUCCUGUACAGUGGAAUCAUCAUACAGAUCUAUGCCUGUUUCAUGAAGAGUUUCAAGAUGACAACCAAUUCUUAGAAAUAUGCAGACACCUUAGGGAAGAUUUUGCAGUUGAAUGUGGAGUAUCCUAGGCACCUUCCUCUUGGAAGGAGAUGCUUUGCUGCUGGCAUGAGCAUGGAGCCAAGUAACAGCAGAGUCCAACACAAAACCUAACCAGAAUCACUGUUUUCUCCAUAACUGGAACUGAGCCUGAACUGCAAUUUGGAAAUUUCCUUGAAGUAGUCUUCCCUGCCACAUUCUUCUGGAUGUCACAUAAAGAUGUACCACCAGUAGGGACUUUAUGGGACUGCCUGCCAUCCUGCCCUGGGUCUUCUGGCUUUCUGCAGCAGGAAUAGCCUGGCCUUUCCUCUUGAAGGCUACGGAGCUUCCUCCAGGACCGAGGAGUGAUCUGGCUGAAGAUGGCAGCUGCAAGUGUAGUCACACAUCCUGGUAAGUGUAGCCUGGAUUACUACAGGAAUAACAGCAUGGUGCUGUCCCUGUGUGAAAAGCAAGUGAACAGCACAGACUUCAUGUGCGACAUGAGGCAGGUCAGGCAGUUUGCUCAAGCCUUCCUGCCAGUGUUUUUCUGGCUCAUCUUUGCUGUGGGCACAGUGGGGAACACCUUGGUCGUGCUUGUCUAUUGCAAAUAUCACUUCAGGAGGAGCAUGAUGGAUCAGUACCUGCUGCACCUGGCCAUCGCUGACCUCCUGCUCCUUUUCACCUUCCCCUUCUGGGCCCAGGCUGCUUCCAAUGGAUGGAUCUUUAAGGACUUCAUGUGCAAAGUUGUCAACAGCAUGUAUAAGAUCAACUUCUAUGGCUGCAGCUUGCUACUAACCUGCAUCAGCUUUGACAGGUACAUCACUAUAGUCCAAGCGAUGAAAGCUAAAACUUGUAAGCAAAGGUGGCUCCUGCGUAGCAGGCUCAUGUGCCUGGCUGUCUGGCUGACAUCUGUGAGCCUGUGCAUCCCAGAAAUCAUUUACAGCCAGAGCACACAGGUGGGUGAUGUAACAGUUUGCAAAAUUAUGUACCCACCAAAUGUUAGUGUGAUCUUCAGAGUUACAGUCCUGGCCUUGAAAGUCAUCAUAGGAUUCUUCCUCCCUCUCUUUGUCAUGGUGAUUUGUUACGCCCUUAUCAUCAAAACCCUCCUACAAGCCAAAAGAUUCCAAAAGCAGAAGUCACUGAAGAUUAUCACCUUGAUCAUCACUGCUUUCCUCCUCUCUCAGUUCCCAUACAAUAUUUUUUUGCUGGUCAAAGCCAUCAACACUUACACUGGGGUGGUGCACAGUUGUCAGGCUGCCAACCAGCUGGACAUUGGACUGCAGGUCACCCAGAUCAUCGCCUUCCUCCACAGCUGCCUCAACCCCUUCCUCUAUGUCUUUGCUGGCGAGCGGUUCAGGAUGGCGCUGGGCAGGAUGAUGCAAAGCUGCGGCUGCUGCUGGAGCGGGGGCCAGGAGCACUCCUCUGCCUGUGACAGCCAGGAGCACAGCUCAAACUGGUCCUUUGCCAUGCUGGGGAGGCGGCGGGUCACGAACUCCCUGAUCCUCAACACUCACUGGACCUCCUCUGUUAUGUCUCCUCCUUCCAAAGUCAUCCUGUAAGUUAGUCCUCACAUUCUCCUUUCCAGACAAGCACCAAGCUCUUUGGAAACCACCUGUAUACCCCAAAGAUUAACCCAGAGAGGCAGAAAGGGUUGGGGGACUGUCCUUGAUGUGUGGGACCCAACUGAGGGUUGCUGGCUGAGAGAACAGGAAACAUUUGGCAGAUGGGAACAAAAUGGAACCAUACUUGCUAUAAACAGAACUGAUAGAUGUCAAAAACUAACCUUUGUGACAGCUGGCCCAUCUGCAGCUCAGACCACAACCUGAAAUAACAAGUCUUGCAACGGGUGAUAAACCCAGCUAUGGCAGCAACAGAGGCAGAUGAAGCAUUCUGUCCAUAGGAAGCAGCAGGAGGGGCUUCAGCCUUCAUUUGCUGUCAUACCAGGUUUCCCUAAGAAGGUGGCCUGACUCGGGAGCCCUGCCAGAUUCCUACACCAGAUCCAGUCCUGUGUAAAGUGUCAGGCCUUUAGAUCUGACACUGGUUUGUUGCAGUGAACAAAUGCUGCUCUCUGUGCCUAGGCAAAUGCAACUCUGGCUGCAUAUGAAAAGAAAAAGAAAAGGAAAACCACUUGUUCAUGUACAUAAAGUGGGCAUUGCAGAAUCUAAUCUGUCUUUCUCCUGUAUUUUAGCUUUGUGAUGUCAGGUAUGAUGGGUCCUGUUUUGAUACUGGAGACAAAUCACCCCUCACAAUAAAAAAUUAAGGGCUUCAGAGGCAUUGAAUUGUCUGUCCCAGGAAUAUUUGCUGUAUGGUGAAAAGCUGUCAUAAACCAGAACACAAAAACCAAACCCAUGGUUCCACUGACCGCCAGUUAUGCACCAAUAUCUUUGGAAAAUAUAUUUAACCUAGGACCAGCAAGACAGGGAGUAAUUUUUAUUACUUACCUAAUUAAUUAAUUAAUUUCAAACCUAAAGAAAUUUGUAAUGAGACAUCAGGUUGUGGAGACUGCCAUUUCCGGAAGUGGUGUGCUGUAAUGUUCCCCAAAACCUGAGCCCACGGGGCAUCAUUUAUCUGUUCCCCCUUGCUCAUUCUCUCCCAGGGACAUGGCCUCCCCUGUCUUGCCUGACCACAGCCUGCACCUCCCACUCUUCAACUGCAGGAUGUAGUGCUCAGAAGCCUUUGUUUAAAAUAAUCUCAUUUCACCUGGUUUGCUUUCUGGCACUUAGCUCUUCCAGGGAAAAAGGGUUUUUUUCAUUGUGCAUUUAUCAUUAAAGAAUGUUGGUAAAUGAGCUCUCUGCAAAGUUUGAUGCUGCUUUUCUAGCUAAUAGGGUACACCUGCGCAGGUGGGGUUCAAGUUUCAUAUACAUUUAUUAGGUUUUUUUUUUUUUUUUUAACUUAGGAAGAAAAAUGGUCAAAGAUGUACAUAUUUUUUACUGUAUGUGUAAGAAGAGUGUGGGAGGCUUUUGUGAUUUGUGCUCAGCAAACAGAAGCCAAAAUUAAAU